AGUUAAUAAGCAUUUAAUUCCUUCAUUAACUUUUACAUUCAUAUUACGUUCAUUCGUUCGUCCAGUAAACUAUCAGUGCGCUUCAAGGCGCCAUCUAGAGGCGAUUGAAGGCAAAUACUGGAGCUGUGAAUAAAACGGGGCUUUAAGAAAGCCGGACGCGCCUCUGGUCUGUGACGUCACAAUGAGACGUGGAAUAUAGAAUGUGUAAGUGUUCAGAAAUGAGCUGCUUGUUGUCUUGGAAACAGUUUGUUAUUCUACAGUUACUGGUUGCAUUAACCGUGAGUUUGGACGAAACGAAAAUUUACACAUGAAUUUCGACAUUAUUCAUAUUUCACAAUCAGGAACGAGUCAAUCUGAGUUGUACAGGGUUUUAUCAUCAGAGGGAAUUCGUGCUGCAGAAGUCAAGACUGUUGUUUUGCUGUACUUGAGUAGAAAAGAACGCUGUCCAUGGCAAUGCAACCACAGGUCUGCAGAACUAGCUGCAUGUAUCCAUGCUGCAGGCGGUUACGUAGUGCAUCACACUGGCGACGCCAUUCUGGCUGAGUGGGUGGAGGAGAACGUGCAGAUGAGUGACACCAUAUCUCAUGUUCUCCAAUGUGCUUUCACAACUCUGAAAGUGGAAAAACUGCGAAGUAAAGUACCCGACGAUGAUCUACCUAUCAAAAUAGCAUUAUCAGCUGGGGAGUUCACCAAAAUUACAAUAGGAGAUAAAUUUUGUGCUGUCAUUGGCCCGGCUGUGGAAGAGAUACGAUCGAUUCAGGCACGGAUGCAGAAUGGCGACAUCAUUCUGUGCCCUGAAGCAUGGCGACAGUGCGACAGACAAAACCUUACUGUCAAAAAUAUUGAAAAUAAAGAAGCUGUCAAGGUGCGAUGCAGCACGGAACAGCAAAGUAUCUCAGUGGAUGACCUGCACCAUUACAACACUGACAUUCAUAUGACGAAAAACCCAAUAACAUACCUAAUAACACAUAAGGAGAGAGAAGCCUUCAUCGGUCACUUUAUGAUUCAAACAGCCUGCAACAAGAUACAAGCAAAUCAGCAACGGGAAGCCCCCAAUCCUGGCCUGCCAGAGAUAUGGCCUACCACCAUCAUGUUCAUGUAUCUGCAAUUCGUGCUGACUCAGACAGAUCUGAGAUUCGGUCGUCAAGAAGUCAGCGAAACUAUUGCAGAGCAGAUGUUCAGGUGCCGUGGGAAAAUCUGCAAUGUCUUCUUUUUUGAAGAGGGCUGUAUGUUUGUUUGUGCCGUUGGCUUACCUGGGGAUAAGAGACAGGAUAAGACUGCUCAAGCAGUGCAGGCUGCCUUCCGGAUACAUGAGACAUGCCACCAACAAAUCGACAGUGUUUCGAGUAUCUCUAUAGGCGUAGCUACAGGAAGAGUUAAGUACAAGUUUGAGCAGAGCCCUUUGAGAGAAUGUUGCAGAGUGUAUGGAGAGAAAGUGCGUGGGGCUGCAGAGCUGUCGAGGAGUAACCCAGGGAUUGUGUCAUGUGAUGAGCCAACCCGACACUUCUCAUUGCUGCCUCUUUCAACCUUUAGGCCUCUAAAGCGGUCUGUGUUUGUUGCUGAACCUGGUUUGUCAUCUAGUGAGAUGGACAGCAGGCGAUUGGCUUUCGCUAUCAAGCAGACAAUGCUGGAUGAAGAGUGGGAGGUGGUGAAAUGUGCCUCUGUUAUUGGACACUUCAACGAUAACAACUUUAACUUUGAGCUGCUGAAGAUCACGCUGCCUUGUAUGAAUGAACCGGAGCUCAUAAUCCACCUGAGAUCACUGUUUAGAGCGGGCGUCUUCAAGUGUGCCUCAGAGCCCAGGAACGUCUCAUCAACCAAGACCUGUUAACCUGCCAAGCCAGGUUUAAGAUAAUAAUGAUGUAAUUGCAAGCUGGUUGUGUCAAAAGCAUGACUGUACAGGUAGAGGGUGAACUAUUGUCAGGGAGAAGCAUCAGAAACAAAUGCAGUAAAUCCUUGGUCAGAUGGUGGCGUAGUAUGUAGCCCAGAAGUGCAGUUAGACUUUCACCUUUUGAAAGUUUGGCUCCAGGAUACAAGGGCUGGUCACCAUCUUGGAUAAAAGAAGUUGUGAUAUUUCCACCUUCAAAAUCAGUUGACCUGCAAUACUUGACAUGAAAAUGAGAAGGAAUUAAAUUUAUUUACAAAU